CUAGAACGUCCCGCCCUGCGGGUCCUGCUGUCCGCGCUGCUGCUGCCUCUGGGCCUCCCAGUCCUGUGCGCUCCUGCGCGCCUCAUUUGUGACAGUCGCGUCCUGGAGAGAUACAUCCUGGAGGCCAAGGAGGCCGAGAAUGUCACUAUGGGCUGUGCCCAAGGUCCCCGCCUGAUUGAGAACAUUACAGUCCCAGAUACCAAGGUCAACUUCCAUGCUUGGAAGAGGAUGGAGGUGGGAGAUCAGGCUAUAGAAGUCUGGCAAGGUCUAGCCCUGCUCUCAGAAGCCAUCCUGAGGGGCCAGGCCCUCCUGGCCAAUUCCUCCCAGCCUCUAGAGACCCUUCAGCUGUAUGUGGAUAGAGCCAUCAGCGGCCUGCGUAGCCUUACCUCCUUGCUCCGAGUGUUGGGAGCCCAGAAGGAAGCCAGCUCACCUCCAGAUGCAGCAGCCUCGUCCGCUCCGCUCCGAACCUUCACCGUUGAUUCUUUCUGUAAACUCUUCCGUGCCUACUCCAAUUUCCUCCGGGGGAAACUGAAGCUGUAUGCUGGGGAGGCCUGCAGGAGAGGGGACAGGUGACCUGGCAUGUGCCACCUAGGCACACCCACCUGCUCGCUUACCAUCACUGCCUGUGUUAUGCCAACUCUCCACCACUCCCAACCCCCCCUCAAGGGGCUGUUACCUCUUCUUCACCAGCCUGUCCCACGGACACUCCAGUGCCAGAAGUGACAUGCUGGGCACCAGAGAAAGUGCCCAGAGCUUCAUUUUGAAGUCUAAAAGGCCCCAGAGCAGGAGAAGUUCAAAGAAGCAGCUGUUUUGAGAAUGGAUCUUAUGUGGCCCAGGCUGGCCUUGAACUCACUAUAUAGCUGAGAAUAAUCUUGAACUUCUGAUCUUCCUGCUUCUAGUUGCCCAGGUGGUGGGAUGCCAGUCAUAUACCACCAUGCCUGGUUUAUACCAUGCUGGGAUGGAACCCAAGAUGUCACGCAUUCUAGACAAGCACUCUGCCCACCAAGCUACAUCCUCGGCCCCCAGAGACCAGCUUUAAAUUCAGGGACAGAGACAUCAAAACUGACUUGCUGCCCUGCAGAACUGUGACAUCAAGACAAGCUUUAGGA